AUGGCAAAGGACGUUGCAGUUCUUACCAGACAUGAUGUUGCAAAACGCAUCGGCAAGGGCGAAGUCGUCGUAAUCUACGAUAACCUCGUCCUAAAGCUCAAUUCAUGGAUGUCCCUCCACCCCGGUGGUGAGAAGUCAAUCUUACAUAUGGUCGGUCGAGACGCGACGGAUGAAAUAAAUGCAUACCAUUGUGACGAAACAAAGAAGCGGAUGCGAGCAUUUAUUGUGGGGAGAGUCGAGGGUGUGUGGAAGAGUAUGGUUCCGCCAAUUCAGGGUGGGCAGUAUGGGGAGGAAGAUGAAGGGGUUGUGCUCGACAGUUCGAGCGCGUCAUCGAAUGCCUCGGAUAAUGGAGAGGAGUUACAAGAGCAGGGACUUCGGCCACGAGUCUCAAUGUUGAGAGCAGAUUCAGGGAUGCCGCCGACGCCCGCUGUUAACGCAAUGCCUUCCCUGCCAAACCCAGUUCAAGAAGCAAUCGAAAACGAUCUCGCAAAUUACCCAUCACUCGAACCCUCAACGCAACAGCACAUCGCUCACAAAUACCGCGAACUCCACGAACGACUGGAGAAAGAAGGAUACUACGACUGCAACUACGCCGCUUACGGUCGGGAAUGUAUUCGGUACUCAAUCCUGCUCGCCGUUGCGCUCUAUACACUCCACCAUGCCUGGUACCUUACCUCCGCCCUCUUCCUCGGAUUGUUCUGGCAUCAAUUGACGUUUGUCGCGCAUGAUGCCGGACACCUUAGUAUCACACACGACUACACCCUCGACAACCUCAUCGGUAUUCUCGUCGCCGAUUUCAUUGGUGGUCUAAGUCUCGGCUGGUGGAAAACAAACCACAACGUCCACCACAUCGUCACCAAUCACCCCGAGCAUGACCCAGAUAUCCAACACAUGCCACUCUUCGCAGUCACGGCAAAGUUGUUGGAAGGGGUUCGGUCGACGUAUUAUGAUAGGGUUAUGGAGUAUGAUGCAGCUGCGAGAUUCUUCAUUCGGAUUCAGAGGUAUUCGUAUUACCCUAUUCUCUGUUUCGGACGGUUUAACCUUUACCGGUUGUCCUACGACUACCUCAUCAUGAACCGGGGUCCUAAGAAGGGCAAGGCAGUUCCGUUCAGAUAUAUCGAAAUGUUCGGAAUCUGUGUGUUCUGGUACUGGUACGGCUAUUGUCUUCUUAAGUCCGUUCCGACCUGGGGAACGAGGAUCGCUUAUAUCCUGAUCUCGCAUAUCGUGACGAUGCCACUCCACGUUCAAAUCACACUAUCCCACUUCGCCAUGAGCACAGCCGACCUCGGCCUCAGCGAAUCUUUCCCCCAACGCCAACUCCGCACAACAAUGGACGUCUCCUGCCCCGCCUGGCUCGACUUCAUCCACGGCGGUCUCCAAUUCCAGGCAGUCCACCACCUCUUCCCCCGCGUCCCUCGUCACAAUCUACGAGCCGUUCAACAAUUGGUCAAAGAGUUCUGUGGCGAAGUCGGGAUCGAGUUUAAGGAGAUGGAGUUUGUUGAUGGGAAUCGGUUUGUGGUUGGGAGGUUGGGGGAGGUUAGUCAGCAGGCGAGGAUUUUGGCGACGGUUGCGAAAGCGUUUCAUGGGAAUGAUGUGCAUUUUCAUUAA